AAGACUAUCAUUUGUCACAUAACUAAGAGCAAGUAAAAAUAACAAUGAAAACUACAUUGCUUUCAUUCCUUCUAUUCUACUACUUCAUAUAUCAUACUGCUGCUGUCUCUGCCAAAUGUUUCCAAGAUCAACAAUCAUUGUUGCUCCAACUAAAAAACAAUCUCACAUUUGAUCUUCAAACUUCCACAAAACUAAAAAUGUGGAAUGAAGAUACUGCUUGUUGUAUUUGGAGUGGUGUAACGUGUGACAAUGAGGGACAUGUUAUUGGCCUUGAUCUGAGUUAUGAAUCAAUCUCUGGUGGAUUUGAUAAUGUGAGUAGUCUUUUUAGUCUCCAAUAUCUCCAAAAAUUGAUUUUGGCUUAUAACGAUUUCAAUUCUCCCAUUCCUAUGGAGAUUUCAAAGCUUACAAGGUUAGUUACUCUUGAUCUCUCUCAUUUCCAUAGCUAUUCAAAAGAACAAGUGCCGGCAAUUUACAACCGAAAACAACUAACAUUUCUCCAAAACCUAACCAGUCUUAAACAACUGUAUCUAGAUGGUAUAAGUAUAUCAGCUAAGGGACACGAAUGGGGAAAUGCUUUGUUGCCUUUGCGUGACCUACAAGAGUUGAGUAUGGCUGGCUGUGAUCUAUCAGGACCCCUUGAUUCUUCCCUCACAAAACUAGUGAACCUAUCUGUCAUUGUUCUUGAUUGGAACAAUUUCUCAUCCUCUGUUUCAGAAACAUUUGCUAAUUUUAAAAAACUGACAACCCUCAGUCUUCGUGAAUGUGGAUUGAUUGGUACAUUUCCACAAAAGAUCUUUCAAAUUGAAACACUUUCAUUUAUUGAUUUAUCAAGAAACUACAAUCUUCAUGGGUCGUUUCCAGACUACUCAAUAAGUGAAUCUCUUUAUAGCAUUUAUUUGCAAAACACACAAUUCUCUGGAACAAUUCCCCACACUAUUAGCAACAUGAGAUUCUUAUCUCAUUUGGAUCUUUCUUAUUGUCAAUUUAAUGGAACACUUCCCAACUCAAUUUCAAACCUCUCACACCUUACCUACAUAGACCUUUCUCAUAAUAGUUUAAGUGGUGGUAUUCCUUCGUCCCUUUUUACACUCCCAUCGUUGGAGCAGGUACAUCUUUCCUUUAACAGCUUGAAAGGGUCACUGAACCUAAAUGAGGUUUUGAAGCUUGGAAAUUUAACUACACUAGACCUUUCUUACAACAACAUAUCAAUCGAUGUGAAUGUUGCAAAUGUUGAUUUGUCUUUAAUUCCCAAAUUUCAAUAUCUAAGUUUGGCAUCCUGCAACUUGAAAUCAUUCCCUAGUUUUUUGAUAAAUCAAUCAACAUUGUUCUCUCUAGACCUUUCAAAUAACCAAAUAAAAGGAAAAAUACCAAACUGGAUCUGGAAAUUGGAAUAUCUUGACUUCCUUAAUAUUUCCCACAAUUUUCUCACUAAUUUGGAAGGACCUUUUCAAAGUCUUACUUCCAAAUUGGAAGUUCUUGACCUUCAUCACAACAAACUGCAAGGGUCAAUACCUGCUUUUCCUAAAUAUGCCUAUUUCUUGGACUACUCAAACAAUAAUUUUACAGUUGCCCCACAUGAUAUUGGCAGUAACCUAUCAACCAUGAAAUUCCUAUCUUUUUCUAACAAUAGUUUACAUGGACUCAUUCCUAAUUACUUAUGCAAUGCUUCACAACUUCUAUUUUUUGAUAUUUCCCACAACAACUUUUUUGGAACUAUUCCUCCAUGUUUAAUCACAAUGACCAGUACCCUUGAGGCAUUAAACUUGAGAGAGAACAAUCUCACCGGCCAUAUACCAGAUAUGUUUCCAAAUUCUUGUGUUGCAAGAAGCUUGAACUUCCAUGAUAACCUCUUACAUGGGCCAAUUCCCAAGUCUCUCUCCCAUUGCUCAUCAUUAGAGAUAUUGGAUAUUGGAUCAAAUGAAAUUGUUGAUCAUUUUCCAUGCUUUUUAAAUAACAUUUCAACACUACUUGUCUUGGUUUUGCGAAACAACAAAUUUUAUGGUUCUGUUGAAUGUUCAUACUCAGUAGAAAAUAAGCAUUGGAAAAUGAUUCAGAUUAUGGAUAUUGCUUUCAACAAUUUCAAUGGAAAACUAUCUGAAAAGUAUUUCAUAACUUGGGAAAGAAUGAUGCUUCAUGAAGAUGGUGACGUAUCAGACUUCGACCUCCGGUCGCAGACUGUCAUCAGCUCAUACUAUAAAGAUAGUGUUACAGUUACAUGCAAAGGCGAACCACGAGAGUGGGUUAAAAUUCUGAAAAUUCUUAAAGCCAUUGAUUUCUCAUCCAAUUCUUUUGAUGGACCAAUACCCGAGUCGUUGACGGACUUGAAAGCACUUUAUAUUUUGAAUUUUUCAAAUAAUGGUCUCACAGGUAAAAUUCCAUCUUCAAUAGGAAACUUGAAAGAGUUAGAGUCCUUGGACCUCUCAAAUAACUAUUUAGUUGGUGAAAUUCCAGUGUCACUAGCAAGUCUAUCAUUCCUUUCUUCUUUGAACCUCUCCUUCAAUCAUUUGGCGGGGAAGAUCCCAACGGGUACUCAACUUCAAACAUUCCAAGCUUCUUCCUUUGAAGGGAAUCAUGGACUAUAUGGCCCUCCAUUAAUUGAAAAACCAGAUGGUCGAAGGAAUGACUUGCAUCCACAACCAACAUGUGGGAGACUAGUUUGUUCAAUUGACUGGAACUUUUUAAGUGUAGAAUUGGGAUUUAUUUUUGGACUUGGAAUGAUUAUUGGUCCAACCAUGUUUUGGAAGAAAUGGAGGGUAGGCUAUUGGAAACUUGCAGACAAAAUUCUGUGCAAAAUAUUUCCUUGGAUGCACCUGGAAUAUGUAACCCACAGAGGACAAACUUACACAGUUUUAAGGUGGUAGUGACAUAAUAGUAUUUUAUAUUAGUAUUAAUGUGUGUACUAAUUAGUAUAAUAGUAUUUUAUGUGUGUGCUAAUUAGUUUUAAUGUGUGUGCUAAUUAGUAUAAUAGUAUUUUAUAUUUCCAUAUUUGUAAACAUUUU